AUGGAUAGAGGAGGUGACCUUGUCGAAUGCGUCGGCGUCAAAAAAAAAUUCCUCCGCCUCCAGCAAUUACGACUCAAGCAUAUCUUUAACGCCCACCUACACUCCCAAACCGCCAAAAUGCAUCUUAUGUACACCCUCGGUGCCGAUGGCAAGCGUGUCUACACCCUGAAGAAGGUCGUUGACGGCAAGGUCUCCAAGUCCGCUCACCCCGCCCGUUUCUCUCCCGAUGACAAGUACUCUCGUCACCGUGUUACCCUGAAGAAGCGUUACGGCCUCCUGCUCACCCAGCAGACCGAAGCUGCCCCCGCCGUCUAA